AUGUUCGAUGCGGCCAAGGAACCGAGGGCUAGCGGGGGCGACGGGCCUCGGACAUAUGCAGGGGAGAGGCCAGUGGAUCGGACGCUGUUUAUCCUACUGUCUCUAGCUAUCGUGACGAUGUCUUCGCUUCUACUCGGUUGUGGCCAAGGGCUGUAUACCUACGACCUUUGCCUUGCAACUACCUGGGUUUGUCUCAUCCUCUACGCGAUGACAAAAAGCGUAAUCUAUAUCUUCCUUGUCGAGCGCAUUCAUGUUGUUCGCGCACCAUAUGUCACUCGUAGUCGCGAUUGGGUAUACAUCGGGAGCAUGCUGUUCAUGAUGACUGCCUCGGCCGGUAUCGUCAUCAACGCCUGGCUUCAUCCCUACACCGUCAUGGAUCCUAAAUCGGGGCGAUGUCACACGGGAAUCCAAAGGAAGGUCACGGUGCCUUUUUUGAUCAUCGACAUUGUUAUGGACAUUGCCCUCACCGUGGUUUUCUUCUAUCUUCUCCAGCCAGUGCUCAAGCAGAACGGGAACUGGAGCUUUUCAACUAUCUGUGGCAGCAGUAAAACGCGGGCAGGAAUAGUUGAAAUAGAGGGAAGUAGAGAUACGCCGGUGCAAAGGAGCAUUCGAUCAUUGCUGCAGAAGAGCAUCAUAGGAGCACUUGCCAUUACGCUUGUCACCCUGGUACUUUUCAUCAUACAAUAUUUUUGUGUUGAAGGGAAGGGUGUCGCUUUGGUUUGCAGUACCAUCUGCCUUGUAGAUGUAUUCUGGGGCUACGUAGUCAUCCAUUGGCUCACCGAUGGAGCAUCCACCGAGGCAGAAAAGGACAUCAGCUGUUCUUCUGAGCUCACAACUUCGGCCCAGAGGAUUGAUCACCUUCCGUGA